GCGGAGCGGGAAGAGGGCUGAAGCAGGAGGACGGCGGCUUUUCCGCGUCCCAGGGCGCUGCGGCAGCGCAGAGCAGGUUUCCUGCGGGCUCCAUGGAGAAGCGGGGUGUGGUGCUGCACAUCGUGGUGGUGGGCUUCCACCACAAGAAGGGCUGCCAGGUUGAAUUUUCCUAUCCUCCCCUUAAGCCUGGAGAAGGACACAACAGUCAAAGUUUACCAGAGGAAUGGAAAUACUUGCCAUUUCUUGCCUUACCAGAUGGCGCUCACAACUAUCAGGAAGAUACUGUGUUUUUCCAUUUACCACCGAGAAGUGGGGAUCAAACCACAGUGUAUGGUGUCUCUUGCUACAGGCAGAUUGAAGCGAAGGCACUGAAAGUGCGGCAAGCAGACAUCACCCGAGAAACAGUACAGAAAAGUGUCUGUGUUCUCAGUCAGCUGCCUUUGUAUGGUUUACUUCAGGCAAAGCUGCAACUCAUUACACACGCAUAUUUUGAAGAAAAAGAUUUCUCGAAAAUUUCAAUUCUAAAGGAACUUUAUGAUCAUAUGAAUAAUUCCUUGAGCAGUACUUCACUAGAAAGGUCACAAGUUUAUCUUGGUCUGUCUCCUCGGGACCUUGUUCUUCACUUUAGACACAAGGUCUUGACGCUUUUUAAAUUGAUUCUCUUAGAGAAAAAGGUGCUGUUUUAUAUUUCUCCAGUAAACAGAUUGGUAGGAGCUCUGAUGACUGUCCUGUCACUCUUUCCUGGUAUGAUUGAACAUGGUCUUACUGACUGCUCACAAUAUAGACCAAGAAAGAGCAUAUCAGAGGAUGCCGGCUUGCAGGAACAUACAUCACAGUUAAAUGAGUAUGCUUCGGUUUCUGCUGCUGAUACUUCAAAUACAAACUCAGUAACGGGAAAGGGAGACAGGAAGAUGACAGGAAACCAUUCACUGGAAGGUCAAAAAGCAAACAUGCCUGUCUCCCAGUCAGAGAAGACUUGCAAUGUAGUUCGAUCCUCCAAUGAUACUGUGCAGCGCUUGAAAGUUCCUUCCCAUGCUUCUCCAGCAUCCUCUGAAAGUGACUGGGAGACCUUGGAUCCUAGUGUUUUGGAGGAAUCUAAUUUGAAAGGAGAAUAUGAAAAUGCAGCAUCAGAACAGGCUGAAAAUCUUCCAAGCAAAGGCAUGAGCUCAGAAAGCCUUCCGAUCACUGUGCAGCCCCAAGCAAAUGCAGGACACACAGUGCUCAUUCCAGGACUGGUAUCUGGGUUGGAAGAGGACCAGUAUGGUAUGCCGUUGGCUAUUUUUACAAAGGGGUACCUUUGUUUGCCGUACAUGGCACUGCAGCAACAUCAUCUCCUGUCAGAUAUAACAGUCCGCGGCUUUGUUGCGGGAGCCACGAAUAUCCUGUUCCGACAGCAGAAACAUCUGAGUGAUGCAAUUGUUGAAAUGGAAGAUGCUCAUGUACAAAUUCAUGAUCCAGAACUCCGUAAGAUCCUGAACCCAACUACAGCUGACCUGAGAUUUGCAGAUUACCUGGUGAAGCAUGUAACUGAGAACAGAGAUGACGUUUUCCUUGAUGGCACUGGAUGGGAAGGAGGAGAUGAGUGGAUCAGAGCUCAGUUCAGUGCUUACCUUCAUGCAUUGCUUGCUGCUAUGCUGCAACCAGACAAUGAAAAGAUUUUGUCAGACUAUGGAACAGCAUUUGUAGCAGCCUGGAAAAAUACCCACAACUACAGAGUAUGGGAUAGCAACGAGCAUCCAGCUCUUGCAGAGGUAAAUUCUAGCCACCCGUUCCAGGGACAGUACUCUGUAUCAGAUGUUAAGUUAAGAUUGUCACACUCUGUGCAAAACAGCGAACGUGGAAAGAAGAUUGGAAAUAUGAUGGUUUCUACUAGCCGAAACGUUGUACAAACUGGAAAAGCUGUAGGACAGUCAGUUGGAGGAGCCUUCACGAGUGCGAAAUCGGCUAUGUCAUCAUGGUUUUCCACUUUUACACAGUCAACUCAAAGCCUUGGGGACUAAAUGAUGGCUUUGCACGAUGCUGCUGAAUAUUUCACGUGCAAUGCUUUUUCUGAGCUGUGUAAAGACCAAUCCAAAAUGUAGGCGUGGACAUUAGCUACGCAGGACCAAACCGAGGCGUAUGUUGCUUGCAAGCAAACGUGGAAUGUUAUCAUUCAAUUUCACCAUCAGUGUAGAAGAAUGGUGUCUCCAUACGAUGGGGAUGGCAUUUGCAGUAUAUUGGUUGUAUUUAAAAUGACUACUUUUGUUUAAAACUGAGCCUUUACAAAGACAUGAGCAAGCAGGGCUUGUUGCAAGCCAAAUGUGUUUGACUUUAGAUUUGUACAUUUUCUUGGAUGUUGAAGAUAUUUAUGUAAACUAGGUAUAUUUUUCAAUCCAAAUAGCCAAAUGUUUAUGAGUUCUCGUUAGGAAUCAGCAGAGUAUAAAUGCUUUUUUUCAGGUUGGAUUUGAAAGCAUCUCUGCAAAAAGUAUACGUUAGAAACCCUUGAAGGGUUCCAAGCCAGAUGGAACUUUCUCACUUUCACCUGCAAACUGCAAUUUGCAGGGUGGAGAGUAAGGCUGUGGCUGACUUAAAGGUUUUUUUUUUUCCUUUCUGCUCAUGUACGGUUGUUUGCAUUAAUCUGUCUUUACCUCUUUUUGCGUCCCCAACUCUGUGUGACGGUUGCAAAAUCAGUAUUUUUCUCAAUGUUAUGCAGAAGGCCUUCAUAACUUUGCUACGUUUUGGCUGUGUUUUUACCCUAGGAGGAGGGUGGGACUCCAGCUGGAGAGAUCUCUUCAGGAAAAGUAUUACAAAACGAUUCUCCCUAAUUGGAAUUUGAUCAUAGCCAGUUUUGUGUGGUCUGACUCUAUUAGGAUGUAGUUGCACCGUUAAUGUAGCUACAUACAUAUGGAUUAAAAGUACUCAAAAUGCUUAAAACUAGCACAGUAGCAAACUCCUCGGGGGAGGGGGUGGCAUUGUUUGGUUUAUUUUUUGCCAGUGAAGUUAUGAAGACUCUUCCAAAUGAAAAAUCAGCUAUAUGGAUUUUCUGUGUUGACUCAGGGAAUGUUCUGUUUGGAUAACUACUUUUUUCACAAGGAGAGUAACACCAGAAUUGAGAGUGUAACUGAAAUGGCUCAGUUUGUGUCCUUGUGCAAAUAAAUGUAAUGGUUUACUUGAAAAGAUGUGGCAUAAUGCUGUGUUUUAUGUCUAACCUGCACGCAGGGCCCUCUGCGUGCAAGUGUAUUCCACUGUGUACAUUUUCUGCUUCUGAGAGAGAUUAUUUCCUAUUUCUGAUGAUGUGUAUACCUAUUUGCCUUCUGACACGAACCUUUUCUGAAUUACAUGAUCAAAUCUUCCAAGUUUCUAUAGUAAAGGCUUCUUCAAUUAUUUCCUCAUUGUUAUCUGUCAGCAUUUUGCAGUAUUCUUUUCUGGGGCCAAGAUUUCAAGUUCAUUGAUAAUUCUUCUGUUCCUCAAAUAAAGUACAGGAGCUGCACAAGAGCUAAACAGGGAGAGGCGAGUGUAAUUUGUUCUAAACAAGUAGCUUCUAGUUUCUUCAGGUGCAUUUGAAAAGCUAAUAGAAAAGCCACACUUUUAUCACGUAGUCCCUGUCCAACAACUUAGGUUUCAGUUUUAUUGCUUCAAAUAGCAAUUUGAAAACACAAGAUUUUGUUUAAAGCCUUCAUUAAUAGUUUUCCAGGAAAAACUAGAUAGGUCGGCCAUGGAAAACCUGAGAAUAUACAGUGAGAUUGAGUAGUUUUCAUUUCAGAAGGGCAAAAAAAGGCUCCUAAAGCUCUACUAAUCUGCUGUUUCUGAUGUGCAAGUAAAAUGUAUCUAUAGAACUGCAACUAUUGUUCCUGGUCUCUGUGUAUUUGUGUAUCUCCUAAAGUUUCUGAUGCUCUUUUCUGUUUUAUUCCUCAACUUCAUAAUAGGUCUUUGAAAAGAGAUAAAUGUCUAAGUAUUACUUGACGUAACAGGAAGAGCUCUGGUGAGAUAAGACUCAGGCUGCAUGCAGAUAAGAAAACAAUGGAAGAUUAUUAUUUGCUUUUGUGAAAUGGCUAACGUGUUAUCUGCUUUCUGGCAUUUCAGUGGUCAGGCUUCAUAGAAUCAUAGAAUCACCAGGUUGGAAGGGACCCACUGGGUCAUGGAGUCCAACCAUUCCUAACACUCCCUAAACCAUGUCCCUCAGCACCUUCAUCAGCCUUGUCUUCAUCCCUUGUCAGUGUUUUUUCCCUCUGCAUCCAAUAGGGACUGAAUAUUCUCCCUAGUCCUGCUUUUCUUGUUAAUGUAUUUGUAGAAAGAUUUUUUAUUAUCUUUCACAGACUUAGCCAAUUUGAUUUCUAGUUGGGCCUUAGCCCUCCUGAUUUUUUCCCUGUACGAUCUCACUUCCUCCCUGUAGUCUACCCAAGAUGCCUGUCCCUUCUUCCAAAGCUCAUAGACAUUCCUCUUCUUUUGGAUAUCUCUCAAGAUCUCCCUACUUCACCACACUUAUUUUUUUCCCCCGCUGGCUCCUUUUCCGGAACACGGGGAUGGCUUGCUCCUGAGCUGCUAGGAUUUCGUUUUUGAAGAGUGCCAAGCCCUCGUGGGCUCCCUUGCACUGAAGGACUGUCUCCCACGGGACUUUGCUAACCAGCCUUCUGAACAGGCCAAAGUCUGCCCUCUGGAAGUUUAAUGUGACUGUUUUGCUAAUCCCCCUCUUCAUCUCACCUAGAACUGAAAACCCUAUCACCUGAUGAUCGCUUUGUCCCAGGCGUCCUCCAACCAUCACCUCCCCCACAAGGCCUUCUCUGUUCACAAACAGCAGGUCCAGGAGGGCACCCUCCCUCAUCGGCUCGCUCACCAGUUGUGUGAGGAAGUUGUCUUCCACACACUCCAGGAAUCUCCUAGACUGCUUCCUUUCUGCUGUAUUGUACUUCCAGCAGAUAUCAGGAAGAUUGAAGUCUCCCAAGAGGACAAGAGGUAGCGAUCUAGAGACUAUCCCCAUCUGUUUAUAGAAGAGCUCAUCAGCUGCUUCUUCUUGGCUGGGUGGUCUGUAAGACUCCCAUCACAAUGUCUGCCUUCUCAUGGGCACCUCUGAUUUUAACCCACAGGGACUCAGUCCCUUCCUCACCGUAAUUGAGCUCUAGGGUAUCAAAGCACUCUCUAACACAAGAGGGCUACACCACCUCCUCUCCUACCCUUCCUGUCCUGCCUGAAGAGUUUAUACCCCCCCACGGCUGCACUCCGGUUAUACGAGUCAUCCCACCACAUUUCCAUGAUGGCAAUGACACCAUAGUCACCUUGUCCUACGAGAGCUUCCAACUCCUCCUUCUUAUUGCCCAUGCUGCGUGCAUUGGUGUAAAUGCACUUCAGCUGGGCUGAUGAACCUUCAGCCCUCAUAAAGGGAAGAGAGUUUAUUCUCGAUUGACUGGUCCUUGGAAUAAGUAACUCCACAGUGCCAGUUUCAUCCUUACUGUCCCCAGGUGUAAUCGCCCCCGCUUGCUCUGCGGUGAUGUACUGGCAGUCCUCUCCAGCCCACCAUCUCUCAGUUAUUGGAGUCCCACUUCCAGGCUCACUCCCAACUAGCCUGGUCUCGUCCCCCUCCCCCUUCACAUCUAGUUUAAAGCCCUAUUUAAGAGCCUCGCUAGAUUUUUAGUAAGGACUUUAGUCCCCCUAGGAGACAAUCGUGUCCCAUCCCUAGUAAGAAAGCCUGGGGGUGGGUAGGUCACCCCAUGAUCAAAGUACCCAAAGCCUUUCUCCUCACACCAGGCUCGGAGCCAGGCAUUAAUCAACUGUUUCUCUUUGACCUCCUGCUUUUCAUUCCUUAGCUCUGGGAUGGAGCUAAGCACUACUUGUGCCCCAGAGCCCUCCAAUGUUCUCCCUAGAGUCCUAAAGUCUCUCUUGAUGGCUUUCAGCUUUCUGCACUCUAAGUCAUCAUUGCCUAUUUGAAAUACUACUAGAGAGUAGUAGUCAGUCUCUUUCACCAAGGAAGGAAGUUUUCUAGUAACAUCCUUCACUGAUGCCCCCGGUAAGCAGCAGACCUCCCUGUGGAGCGGGUCCGGUCUGCAGGUGGGUCCCUCCGUUCCUUUUAGAAGGGAAUCCCCUAAGACGAUCACUCUCCUCUUCUUCUUUAGUGAGGAUGUUUUUAUGGUCUUUGGAGGAUGGUGCAGCCUAGGGAACGUUUCUAGGCUGUAGGAGCCAUCUUCUUCAUCCUUAGGGGUGGUUUCCACCUGCAGUGCUUCAUAUUUAUUCCUCAAGGGGAUCUGGGGGUUUGUUGUCUGGGUAGGGGGUGCAGGUUUCCUGCACCAGGCAGGAACUUGCUGCCAUUUCCCAUCUCUUGUUCCCCCAACCUAACAGUUUGCAGGUGGGAGUUGCUCAGCCACAAGUGAAGACUGAAUAAUGUGCAUGGAGGAUUUAAGCACCUAUAAAACUCACUUCAGCAACUUGAAGCACACUGGGUGAAAUUAGGCUUAGGAGAUAACUAUGGUGAGUUCUGGGAGCCAGGGAAGUGGUUGAUAUCUCCUUGUGCAAGGUAUAGAAAGAGGACCUUCAAGGAUCCCUUUUUCACCCCCUCACGAGAGUUUCUUCUGUAGAAUUUUCUUAGGCCCCAAAGUUUUUACAGCCUAUCUGUUAGCUCUGCUUCCAUGGACUUUCUCACUGGGCCAGGGAUAUUGGAAAGCUGAUGCUUUUGGGGUUGUUUUCGGUAAAUCAAUCUGAGGAAAGGCACAACAAGGUCCUCUCUGUGGUGCUAAGCUGAUGCACAGCUGCUUGCUGCUUUUUGCAGGGACUUUCUUAUUCUACUUCGCAGUAUUUCUCUUACGGGCAAGACCACCAGGCAGACCUUUCUCUGCAGUCUUUUUCCCACUGUCCCAGUUGUCUCUGUUGUGGAGCCAAACACACCUGAUGGAGAGUAUUUCCCUUUCUUUGCAGACUAUAGAAUAAGAAACUUGUAUUCAUUUCCAAUCUUUUUAAGAACAGGCGUCCUACUAGCAAGUUGUAUUGUGAUUUAAACUUCUACAGUGAUUAAGACUCGUGCAGCAGGUGGAGGUGAAAUGUUCCACAUCGCAUGCAAUCUUCAUUAAUGUGUAUUUGCUCUCUGACAUUUGCUUAAACUUACUGUUGGGCUGUAGGAAGGCAUGCAGCUACUGUGGUUCAUAUCAGCUCACGUAGUCCGCUUCUGAAUUUAAUGGUUGUAACCACUAUAGUUAAAUUCCACGCAAAUGCAAGUUAUUUUCUUCCUCUCUGUUUUAAAAUUCCCAGUGCAAGCAUUAUUAUUUAUUCAGAAAUAUUUAGGCAGACGACUUCCAUUUCAAAGACUCUGACAUCCAUUACUGCGCUGCAAGAAACGGACUCUUAAGUGAUUGCUGACAGUGCCUCGAAUGAGUCAACUACGAAAGUGUUGCUGCAGCUUUGUCAUGAUGUGCAUCGCAAAGGUAUUGCUGGCUGUCAGUGGGCAGCGUGAACUGACUUACAGGUCAUACAGUAGCGCUCCUCUCAGCUUUCGGGCAUCAACACCUGCUUUUUGUAUGUGCCAGCCUUUGAGGAACUCCCUAUUGACCAUAGAUAGGAGAUAAAAGUCCCCCCAAACCCCACAAGAUGUAAGUGUUCUUGACAACAUUUAAUUUGAUUCAAAUAUUCACCAUUUUUCAUCAAGCAUUUUCCUGUCAUAGCCUUAAUUCCUGUCCACACCCGACACUGGUUUCCUCAAAUAUCACAAUGAAAUAAUAAUUUUUAGAUCACUGUUCUGGUACACUGCGCUUGCUUGACUUUGCACGUCUGUUUCAAGCACCUUUGUAAUUAAAUAAGGUAUUUUGCCUAAACAAGCUUCUGAUUUCCAUAGAGAUUAUCACUAAGCAGAGAAAUUAAUGGGGCGGUAUUUAAUUGUGAAAGCGAAGGAGUGAAUGCAAUUUUUAAACAUAGAAAGUGUUGCUUGAUAAUUGAACAUACAAGUAUUGUAUCUGAUUUUUUUUUUUCUUGUGCUGCUUGAAAAAAAAUAAAUACAUCCAGCCUGUUU